AUGGAUUCUGAAUCUGAGGCUUUCGUCACAGCGCAGAGCCAGAAAAAAUACGCCCCACCUACGCACAUGCUCUCAGCAAUCAGGUCGCUGUUGGCGGACUCUUCAACACCACCAUCAGCGGCAGCCAGAGAAGCAGUGUCGUCCUUCAUCGCGGAGUCCAAUCCAGACCCGGACUACACAUCUCUAUGGCCUCUCCUUUUUGCAGCAAUCGGUAAAUUUACGGGCCAGAAUGACCGCCUAGUGGACUUUGUUGCGGAACUGAAGAGUCUGUCUGACUGCAACGGAGCUUUUGGUCGGCUGGAUGGGCUCAGUGAAUAUAUGACGGAGUUUGUCUUUGACUACGUUGACCAUCCAUUUUAUGAUUCUCGACGCGAUGAAAAGCGGCAAAGUUGGGUUAAUGUCAAUUCUUUCGCAGCCAAGCUCUAUGCUCGGGGCGUCCGUGCUAAUAACGUCGGUCAUCUCCGUCACGGUGGUUGGGUCUUGAGAAAGACACUGGAGAAAGCACCGUGGGAGAAGUUCCACCAUGAAGACAUCGAACAGGAGCUCGAGGACCUUGACAAUGAUGAGGAUGAAGAUGAGUAUUGUAAGCAGCGAGAUCUCCUGCUGGAGGAGAUUGAUAUCAGGUCGCUCAAUGGGUGGGUACCCGCCGCAGCGCAGUGGAUCAGACAUUGUGGCAAGGAGAUAUAUGAAAUGGAAGGAUCAAUGGGAAGAGAAUUUCCCACUAAGUGGACAGGAUCCGAAGGUUGGUCAAAGGAACGGUGGGCGUUCUGGAAGGAAAGAUUUGAGUGGAUCAGCUUAGUCACUGCUCUGGAUCGAAAGACACGCAGGAUAGCGAAGGAGAUGGUGAAAGAAAUGGCAAGAAUCGAAAGAUUCGGAUAG